AGAGAGAGAGAGAGAGAGAGAGAGAGAGAGAGAGAGAGAGAGAGAGAGAGAGAUGCAAGUUCUUCACAUGAACAAAGGAGAAGGAGAGAUUAGCUAUGCCAAAAAUUCUACUGUACAGAGGAAGAUUAUAUCUGUUGCUAAUUCAAUGGUUGAGGAAGCUGUGAUAGACAUUCUGUGCAAAAACUUCCCCGAGAGCAUGGGCAUUGCGGAUCUGGGUUGCUCAUCCGGAUCCAAUACCUUAAUGGUGAUCUGGGAGAUCAUAAACAUCGUCUGCGCCAUGAGCCACCAAACAGGCCGCUCAGUGCCGGAGUUGAGGGUAUCCUUGAAUGAUCUUCCUGGUAAUGACUUCAAUGAUUUAUUCCUUUCAUUGCCAUCAUUCUACAACAAACUCAAGGAAGAGAAGUGUACCGGGUUGGAGAGGUGUUUUAUAUCGGGUAUGCCCGGUUCAUUUUAUGGGAGGCUAUUUCCUAGCAAAAGUAUACACUUUGUGCACUCUUCUUCCAGUCUCCAUUGGCUCUCUCAGGUUCCUGCUUCUCUGGACAGCAAGGCUAGCGUACCUCUAAACAAAGGCAAAAUUUACAUAUCAGAGACGAGCCCCAUUUGUGUCCUGGAGGCAUACUUGUUGCAGUUUCAGAAUGAUUUCUCUCUGUUCCUCGAGUCACGUUCGGAAGAGAUGGUUCCCGGUGGGCGCAUGGUUUUGUCAUUUAUGGGCCGGAGAUCCUCAGAAUCGUCGGUUGGACAGAGUUGCCACCACUGGGAGCUCUUAGCAAAAGCUCUGAUGAGCAUGGUUUCAGAGGGACUUGUGCAAGAGGAAAAGAUUGAUUCCUUCAAUACCCCAUACUAUGCACCAUCUCUGGAGGAACUGAAAUCUGAGUUUCAAAAAGAAGGGUCAUUUAUUAUAGAUCGCAUAGAGGGCUUUGAGAUUGAUUGGGAUGGAGGUGCCUCAAGCAAUUGUGUUACCCAAGACCAGUUCACCACAUUCGCAACAUUAUCGAGUGGUCAGCGAGUGGCUAAGACAGUCAGAGCCGUGGUUGAGUCGAUGCUGGAAUGUCAUUUUGGAACAGGAAUCAUGGACGAGUUGUUUAGAAGAUACAGUGAGAUUGUGGAUGAUCAUUUAUCCAAGACUAGAGCCAAGUUCAUUAAUUUGGUCGUUUCUGUCAUUAAAAAGGGUUAAUUUGGACCUAGAAAAUAAAAUAAACUCAAGUACUAAUGUAAAAAUAAAAUAAUGCUGCUUGGACUUAAUAAUUGGGAACCCAAUCUAACACUUUAGUCCAUUGUUAUCUUGAAUAGAUAGUGGGUUUUGAUAAACGCCGAGGUUCUCCGUUCACCCAACGAUUUCAAUUUGGCAAGUUAGCUCUAGGUUGUAUUAUUGUCAAUGACAACUUUUGAAAUUUUAUUUGGAGUGGUACGUAGGUGUAUACUUGUUUGAGCAGCAUGCAGUGACCAAACGCAGUCACAUAGCUUAUGAAGUGGACAUGUACCUUGUCUCUUGUAAAAACCUUGAUAAUCCCAGCUUAAUAAAGAUUU